UGAAGAUUGAGGAUCCCCACCUGGCAGCCUUGAACAGAAAUGGGGGAAUGACUUUUGUCUUCAGCCCAGGUCCAGGGCGAGCCUCAGCCAUCUGCCUGUGCUGUGGUGGCUUUAUGGGGUGAAGCACAGGGCCAGGCCUUGGGGGAGGCUGGGCAGGUGGGUGCAUGUGGGCUGGUGGAGGCCCUGGGCAGGAGCUGUGCCUCAUGCUGUUGUUAGUGGAACCCCCCAAAAAAAGGGAUUUGCACAGGAAAGCUCCUUGGUCUAAUCGGCUUCUAGACACCCAGUGACUGCAGGGAGCCCAGUGGCUGUGAGUGUGGGGAACCAGACUGAAGGCAGAGGGAUGCUCCACAGAGGACAGCUGCCAUCACCCAGCUCAGAGGCCAGGGAGAUUCCUGGGGCAGGAGAAGAAGGGAGGGGACUGAGGACUGCAGAGGAGGUAGAAUAUGGGAAUUCUGGUGAUCCAUUGGAUGUGAGGGGCACAGGAAGUGAUAGCACUGAGGUGCUACCUUGCUCUUGAAUUGGUAGGAUUUAGGGCUAGUAAGCUUUGGUAUGUAAAAUGUGGAAACCCCAGAGAGAGGCAAGGCCACCAUCAUAACUUUCAUCUGCUAUCUGCUGCCCUUCCCAACUCUCCAAGCUUUCUUGCAUCUCCCACUGCUGUUGCAUGCUGGGUUUAUAUUAGGUUUCUUUGUUUUUUGUGUUUUGCCUCCCAAGACCUCUUAAGUCCUUGCCCUUCUGUGUGUCUGCCAUGCAGGAGGGAGCUCUCCCACUUUGAAGUGAAGGUGGCUGUGAUUGAACCUGGUCACUUCAAGACCAAUAUGAGAAGCUUUGAGAGGCAUUUACAGGACCUCAAGGGGCUGUCGGACCAGAGUUCCACUGAGAUAUCACUCAGGACUGGCAACAUUAGGCGGAAAGAACCAAGGUGUUCUGCUAAAGAAUGGGACCCAGUGGCACUCAUAGGUGUCCUGUUGCCUUUGAGUCUUUUGGCCAAUUCUGAGGAGUCUACACAAUGGGAGGGUAUGAGGAGGGGAAGGAUCCACAGCCCACAGCUUCUCUGCCUCCUGCUCCUUCCUCAGGUGUGCAUCAACCUGGCCAGUCUAUUACACUCUCCCCAUGAUGGAAAUGGCCUGGAGGAAGUGGGUGAGGGCUCCUCUGGAUACACCUGUGGACAUGGUGUGGGGUGACAGGGCAGCCAGCCUGACCCCUAGACCUCAGGUGCCAGCUCUGGGGGCACUGGCUGGCAGUGGUGUCCUCAAUAGGGAUUGUGACAGAAGACACAGGAACCAAUGUUUGACUCUCUUGAAACCACGGGCUUCUCUGGUUACUUUUGUUCUAGAGCAAAGGCUGAAAAGUGCAGCCAUGUGCAGCAAGUUGCCUUCUAGUCUGAGGGGAACAUGGGCUGUGAGCUAGAGGGAGGAGGAGGCAGGUGCCUUCAUGGGGAUCUGGGGAUGAGAGGGACGAACUCAGGAGGAAAUUGAAGAGAGAAGUUGGAUUAUCCCUGCCCUGUCUCAGCCCUUUCUGCCACCAAGGUGAGGGGCAAUUGCUUUCUUUCCAGGAAUGAAUCAAGUAGCCUGGGAUCACAGGAGCACACAGAGGGACAAGGAAGCAAUGGCAUGUCACUAAGGCACUGGCAGGCCCCAGAUCCCUUCCCUGGGGCACCUGAGUCCUCUUCUUCUCUCAAGCAACCUCUUUGUAGCACUCAGUGACCGGCCCUCACUUUAACGUCAUUGCAUUUGGGAGGGGUACUGUUUCAUGGGGUGAGAAAUAGAGUGGUGGGAGGGAGCUCUCAAGUCCAGGGUCUUAUACCUCACUUCCCUCACCUCUGUUCUAGGUUUCUCCUGGGAUGUUAUUCAGGACUCCGGUGAUAUUAGGAGGAAAGAACCACAUUUUGCUGCUUAGGAAGGGAGACCCAAUCACAGAUAAUGGCAUCCCACUUCCUUGGGCCCUGAGCCUCAUGGCCCACUUGUCACCCUGAAGAAUCCACAUUUGUGGAAGGUCUUGAGCAACUGGGGGUAGGUGAGCCCACACCUGCUCUUCCUCCUGUCUACCUCAUCAGGGUGUGUCUUGGCCCUCAGAGUCUAUGCUCUCCUACUGGAGGGAAAUGGCCUGACAGAGGAGAGAGCUCCUCUCCUCUGAGAUACCUGUGUGCAUGGGGUGGGGAUGGGGAGUGCAGCUACCAACCUGACCUACCAGACCUUAGGGGCCAGCUCAGCAAGGAGUCCUGUCAUCUGAGAGAGGAAGGCAUUUCUAGCCCUGGGAGGAAGAGCCUUCUAUGUGGUCCUACAGCCCUCACACCCCACACCCUCAUGGACUGUGUGUUUAGUUUGAGACCAGGGGAACACUGCCAGCACAGAGGCCCAGGAGGUGCUGAGUCAGGCCCAGGCCUGUGCUGGAGCAGUUCUGAGUUAUCCUUAUUCUAGGUUUGGAGCCAACUCCUGGACCUCACCUGUGUCCUCAAGAACUGGGAUACCCACUGCCCCAGGUCUGCUCAGUCCUUGAGUGACAUGGUCUGACCUCUCCCAGCCAAGACUUCUCUGUUCAUUCACCCAGAAGGCAGACAGACACUGGGAGAUGGUUCCCAGAUCCCACAUAGGAGGUGCUCUGCCUUGAGGUGGUUAUGAAGUAGGUGCGGUUUGCUUUCUACCAUUUUCCACUUCCAUCCCCUAUAAAUUUUGGGUCUGCUCUUCAAGGGUGGGUUCAUAAUCUGCCUCCCUGCCACUACUUUGUUAAGGAAUGGCCAAACCCUGCAGGGCUUUCCCAAGGUGACACCUGCUUUAUGUGAUUCUACGCUCAUCAGACUUGGCAAAUGGUGGAUCACAGAGAUACAUCCUUUGUUCCUUCACACUAGAGAACUUUGUGGUCCCAUUUCUGUAUCAGACUCUCUAAGCCAUGAAGGUGUGAGCUGGGACCAGGCUCAUCCCAAGGGAUGGUGACCCUAGAUGUUGAUCCAAAGAAUCACAGGAGGCUCCAGCAUCAUUCCCCUGCAUCUUAUGAAAUUCUGGGUGUGGCCCCUCACUACUCACACCUCUGGUUUCCUUAUUUCCUUUCCUUUACCACCUUCCCUCUUAGUUUUCUGUAAAUUAUUUGCUAAAUUGCCUAGACUCUCUUCUUCUCCUCCAAGUCCCGACCCAGAGAAUUUUCUAUGUCUCUGGCCCCAGUUCUCUGCUCCUCCUAUAUCUCAUCCCCUCUUACAGUCAAGGCCUCUGCCCAGACAAUUCCCUCAGCUGCCCAGUGAACUCAUGAUCCCACCUCAUCAUCUUGCCCAGGGCCAGUCACUGAUGGCCUGAGUAUCAUCCCCAGGGGGUGUCAGGCCUGAGUCCCCCAGGUCUUUCUGCUUUCUGGUGGCUAAGUUUCACAUCACCAGCCUCCCCUAUAGGAGGGCCCUGCUGCCUCUAGCCUCAGGACAGUGGAGGUACAUCCACCUUAGGAGAAAUCCAUUGCUUUUCAUCCUCUCUCCUGGUGGAGACUUACCUAAGAAUUCCAGAAAGCUGACGACCUGCAACUUGUUUCUCUUGGGGUUUGGAAGGUACAGAACUAAUGUUGUUUGUUUUACAUUAAUAAAUUUGUCUUGAGUAUUUUCCCUGAAAAUAAAACUUAAACUUAUUUACAUACCUGCACUCAUUACAAAAGAUUUUGAUCUCUGGAGACCAAAAUCCCUAGGCUGGGUUGGGGGUAGGGUGGCGACAGGAUUUCUAGGGGAGUUGUCUGGGGUGAGUCCUCCUUUUUCAUUUGCCUCCCUUACACCACCUGGGUGAACCACCACUCAUCACCAACAUUGCCAGUGGAUUCUUUCCCAUUCUUGGCAGCUUUACCCAUCAGGGCAGGGGGAGAGAAGGAGGCAGCCACCAGGGCUGUCAGAGGUGACAAGGCUUCAGGUUGGACUUGAAUUUCUUGCAUCUGAGCUAAUUGCUGUGGUGAUGCAUCCACCUAUAAAAAUUACAGCGUGGCUCACCCAGGGACCUAGAUUUGUUGCAAGCUGUGGGAGGGAGGAGAGUUCUUCUUCCAGGUGGUUUCCUGUAGACUGCCUGCUAGGGCUCAGAGGACCAGCUUCCUCCUGCUGUCUCCUGAGCCCACUCCCUCUUGGCCAUCACAUUCUCCUGCCCUAUGGCGGCCCUCACAGACCUCUCAUUUAUGUACCGCUGGUUCAAGAACUGCAAUCUGGUUGGCAACCUCUCGGAGAAGUACGUCUUUAUCACAGGCUGUGACUCCGGCUUCGGGAACCUGCUGGCCAAACAGCUAGUUGAUCGGGGCAUGCGGGUGCUGGCUGCUUGCUUCACUGAGGAGGGAGCCCAGAAACUUCAGCAGGAUACCUCCUAUCGGCUGCAGACCACCCUACUGGAUGUCACCAAGAGUGAAAGCAUCAAGGCGGCGACCCAGUGGUUGAGGGACCAAGUGGGCGAGCAAGGCCUCUGGGCCCUGGUGAACAAUGCUGGUGUGGGCCUGCCCAGUGGUCCCAACGAAUGGCUGACCAAGGAGGACUUUGUGAAGGUGAUUAAUGUGAACCUGGUGGGACUGAUCGAAGUGACCCUUCACAUGCUGCCCAUGGUCAAGAGAGCCCGGGGCAGGGUUAUCAACAUGUCCAGCUGUGGUGGUCUUGUGGCCGUCAUUGGUGGUGGCUACUGCGUCUCCAAGUUUGGCGUUGAGGCCUUCUCUGACAGCAUCAGGCGUGAGCUCCACUACUUUGGGGUAAAGGUCUGCAUCAUUGAGCCAGGGAACUACCGGACAGCCAUUCUGGGCAAGGAGAACCUGGAGUCACGCAUGCGAAAGCUUUGGGAGAGGCUGCCUCAGGAGACCCGGGACAGCUAUGGAGAGGAGUAUUUCCGUAACUAUACUGACAAGUUAAAAAACAUAAUGCAGGUGGCAGAGCCCAGAGUCAGAGAUGUCAUCAACAGCAUGGAGCAUGCUAUUGUUUCCCGGAGCCCUCGCAUCCGCUACAACCCUGGCCUGGAUGCCAAACUCCUCUACAUCCCCCUGGCUAAGUUGCCCACCCCUGUGACAGAUUUCAUCCUGAGCCGGUACCUUCCAAGGCCAGCGGACAGUGUCUAAACUGGGGAGGCUCAAUGGGUCAGUGGAGCCUAGAAGUGGGGGUGGAAGGAAGGACUGUGGGGUCACAAAAGGUGGUAUCAGAUAUCCUGGGGACACUGGCUGCAAAGGACGCUUGGCUCAGCUGACACCCACUGCUGUCGAAUUUACCAGUAACUUCUAACAGAAGAUGAAUGCCUCUUCCCACCCUCUGGGACCACACAGAAACUUGAGGUGGUGUUUGCAAGUUCAGCGAUCUGCAGCAAUGGCUCCAAGGACAUCUGUCAUCCAGUCAGGAUAUGGCUUUUUCUGGUCUUGGAAAAGUCAUGGAGAAGAAAACCAGCUCCUGAAGAAUCAUGAGCCCCUUUCAGUUAUCACUGCCACUGAGAAAUACUGUGGGAUAAUCUUACCUCCAGGAGAAUCUAACCACCUUCCUACUGGGUCCCUCAAUAUGCAUGACUUCAUUCACAUAACCCAUCACUGAAGUACAUAGUAGGGCAGAUAGGGAGUGCAAGAUUACAUCAGACAAAAGUUUAAAAUAUUUUCUCUCUUUUUAGAUUCUUCUAUCUAUAGGUGAUUGGGAUCCACAUGAAAUAACAUUCAUUUAUUUAAUCACCAUUGAGUAAUUUUUCAAAUAUUUAUUGAGCACCUACUACCUACCAGGCACUUUGUAGGUGCUGGGGGAAUAUAAAGAUGAUUAAACCAUGGUCUUGGUUAUUUAUUGUUUAUUUUGUGUUUUGCUUUGCUUUGUUUUAGCACAAUAUCUAGUAGCUUAGUUAGGACAAACAAUGAUAGAAGGAAUAGAAAUCAGAAUACAAAUUUUUAGAGCUAUGAAGGACCCUAGAAGUGUUCAUCCAAUACUUCAAAAAAUUGGCUGUACCUUGUAAUCACCCAGUUAAUUAAAAAAUACAGACUCCUGCACCAAUAUUAGAAAAUCUGAUUCAGUAGGACUGAGACAAGACCCAGAAGUAUGUAUUUGUAACAAGGACCUAGAAGAUUCUGAUGCACCUGAGCAAUUGGGAGCUACUUAUUCCAUAGAAUAAGUAACUUAACACUCAGAGGGGGAAGUGACCUACCUAAGCCCUCAGCUUAGUAACUAAGACAAGGAUAGAAAUGAGGCGUUCAGACUCCCAGACCAGGAUUCUUUUUCAGUUAUAGGAAAAUCCAUUUCUGAAGUUAGUAACACUGUCAAAUAAGUCAUUGAACUAAUUUUUUAAAAAAAGACUUA